AUGGCACGGUGUCAUAGAGCCACUCUAUUGCUGUUGGUCUGCGCCAUCCUAAUGCACUACAGAAUCUACUGCUCGUCUAUAGGACUCAGGUAUCCCAAGAUCAGACUAGAAAAUGAAGUGUAUGAAGAGGAGGGGAAUAUGUUAACAGACAUAUCUUUUGACAACGAUCAGAUAUCGAUACGAAGCCUGCCUUCUUUAGAUGACGUUUACACAUUGAAGUACCCGACAGAGAAAGGAACAGAGAGACGUGCGGAGGAGGUGGUAGCUAGAACAUUGAGGGAGAUUCUGGGCCAGCUGACAGCGAGGCAGUAUCUCACUGCACUGAUGAUGAUACCUGUAGGUGAGGAGAGUCGAAUGGAGGAUGAAUCGGAGCCGUUAUCAAAGCGUCACUCAGAUGGCAUCUUCACAGACGGCUACAGUCGCUACAGGAAACAGAUGGCUAUGAAGAAGUACCUGGAGGCAGUGUUGGGGAGAAGGUACAGACAGCGAUUUAGGAACAAAGUAUGGAGGCUCACAUAUUCGUAGCGAUUCUAGCCCUCCCUUACCCUGACCCUAAACCUAACUCUGACCCUAACUCUGACCCUAACCCUAACUCUGACCCUAACCCUAACUUUGACCCUAACUCUGACCCCAACUCUGACCCUAACUCUCUGUUAUAUAUACUCAUCCUUCAAACUACAUCCUUAUGAAUGCUAUACUAUAUCUGACCAAAAAGUGGUUUGUGCCUGUGUUCCUUAAACGUAUAUUUACAGUUGAAGUCGAAAGCUUGCAGUACAUACAAUUUAGCCAAAAACAUUUAAACUCAGUCUUUCACAAUUCCUGACAU